UGAGACAGCUUAUCUGCUUCGAGGACACAGCUGCGCUGGGGAUUGAAGACAGUUUUCAGGGUUCUUCAGGCAGGUGAAGUUAGCGGGAUGUGGCCACCCACACUUACCCUGGAUCUGCUCCUGUUGGUCAGCUUGUCCCUCAGUGCCCAUGGUGCCUAUGGUGAACAAAUGCCUUACAGACCUCAGAACUGCACGCUUGAAUGCAUCCGCCGGGGAGAUCCAAGAUGUGAAUACUGCAGAAUCUCAGCAGACGAUGUACAGAUAUCUCCCAGCAUUCCCUCCUCCAGCCCUUUUGGAGGUUGUGUACCUUGGCCUUGUCACUCUUUUGUAGGUCAGGAAACCCCAGAGGUUUGCCAGCAUUAUGUUCAUGCACCGCAUAAUAUUCAGAUUGAGUUUGAAGCCAGUGAAGAUCCAACAUAUGAUGCCAUUACUGUGUCAUGGAACCCAAGCCAAUACGGUAUCGAGUUCUUACGUGGAUUUCAAGUAACCCUUCAGGCUCUUGGUGGAUCUCAGAUCUUAUGUCAGCUCUUUCUCCUGGGUACCAAUCUGUCACUCACACCUGCACAUGCCCAGAGAGUGUAUCGCUCAGAUCCCUUCACGCAUCUGUUUUUGGAUAGAGAGUAUGCCGUGACUGUCAUGGCACUGCCUGUUCCCGAGCGGUGGGACCAGUUCUCUCGGAGGAAACCAUUUUUCACACGCACAUGUCCUGAAAAAAAUGGUCUCGAAGAGUGUAAGAAAGACUGGUAUCCCAGAUACGUUGAGGUCCACCAGGAGAACCAGGGCGUUUAUGUGACCUUUAACCUUGCACCUGAGAACUUCAAAGUCCGUCAGUAUUUUUCAUCAUGUUUCGGAGGCGGCCUACGAAAUUACACAAGCAUUAAACCAGAUUUCAGUCUCAAUAAGACAUAUCACACAUACCGACUGCAGAAUCUCCAAGCGGGUACAAACUACACCUGCGAGAUUGCUGCUGAUGUUGUGGAUGCAGUCAGAAAAACAUUCAUUGUUGCAGUAAAACAUAAUUCUGAAGAGCCGCCGACCUCACACUUCAUGGAGAGCUCUUCACUAAUGGUGCUCUUGUCCAUGGGAAUCCUGCUUGCUGCUACAGCACUGCUCACCUUCAUUGUUGUUUACAAGAAAAGACUCAAAACGAAAAUGGUCCAGACCAAAAUGAGACCAGUGAUCAUUGAACAGUACUAUGACAAAAAACUGGAUGAAGAACAGUGUGUUUUGCUGGACAGAACGACCCGUCCCCCUCGCCUCCUGAUUUGCUACUCAAGUAAUGAUGGUCCUGCCCACGUCAGAGUCGUGCUUCAACUGGCUGCGUUUUUACAAAAGCAUAUGGGUACCCAAGUGCAUUUGGACUUGUGGGAGGCCUUGAGUAUUAUGGAGGAGGGGAGUAUGGGGUGGCAUUGCAGGAGAUUGAAUGAGUGUGACUUUGUGUUGGUCAUCUGCUCACAAGGUCUCCUUCAGAACCAGAAGCAGCAGUCUGAGGACGAGGAACCAUUAGAGAACACUCCUUUGGCAAUGGUUUCCAUGAUUGGAGAGGAGCUGUGCCGUGCCAAAGCGAUGGGUCGAGACCUCUCCAAAUACAUGGUGGCCACUUUUGAGUACUCACAAGAGUCUGAUUUCCCCACAGCACUUGGUCUCGCUUCAAGAUACACCUUGACUAAAGAUCUGCCCUUGCUCUUCUCCCAUCUUCACGCAGUGGCUUUGCAGAAGCCCGGAGUUUACCUACAGGUGGAGAACAUUUCAGAAAGUGGGUACUGUAAACUCCCAGCUGGGGCUGCACUACAGCUGGCCAUCCAGGAGGCCACAGCACAGUUCUCUGAGGAGCCGACUGAAGAGGAACAUGUAGGAAUUACAAUCAUUUCAUAAGGACUUCAAAAACUGCAUCAAUUAAUGGACUGAUGAAACAAAGGGAAGUGUGCUAUUUGAGAACAGUCCCUUAGAUAGGUUAAUUUAUACUGAUGGAUUCCACCAGGACUUCGUUGUUUCUAGAACAUGUCUAACUUUCCUGAUUUACAUCUUUUGAAUGCCAGAAUAUAAAAUGGGCAACAAAAUCACCUUCUAGUUGUAGCUCAGUUGCAUCUUGGGUGACUUUAGGUUAUUGUGAAAAACAUAACAGAGGGAUUUUGAAGUAUAUUGAGGUAAUCGAAUGCUGUGAAUGAUUUUUUUCAUAUAAAUGUGUAUUUAUUUUUAUUUUUUGUUCUGUUGCUUAUUUUCAUGCAUGUUAAACAUCAUGUUACGGUGAAUAUUCCUAGUAAUUGCAUGCACUUCCACUACAAAUUAUUGUAGUCUUUUUUUCUACAAAAUGAAAAAAGCACACUUGAUUUAUUGCUGUGAAUGUCUUUAAAUUCUCUAGUUUGCCGACCUGAAAUGUUAUUUUUUUCAAUUACAUUUAUUAUAUUGUAUGUAAGGUCAGUUUCUCACAAUUUUAUUGUUUUGCAACAGUCUUUAUUUGUAUGACAUGAAGGGAAAUAACUACAUUUUAAUGUGACAAAAUGCCUAAACAACAGUGCAUGGUCCUACACUGUAAUAAUGCAAGGAAAUUCAGCAAUUAAAAACAACCAUUUCUCAGUGAGUUGCAGGGCAGGAACAUAUCUCUGUAUAAGCUAAUGCAUUAAUCGUUAAAUAAAAUGUUUAUGAAA